AUGGAUUCUAAUGAUUCUGAUCCUUUUGAAGGCCCAUUUAAUAUUCCUGAACCAGACUCAGGAUCAGCCUAUGAGAAUUUUGACAGCGAUUAUGAGCAAAUAUCACAUGACAAAGGAGCGCAAGAGGGCGUUUCUCGAAUUGAGGGAAGGAAGGAUGGGGGCAGUGUACAUUCGGAAGGAGAAAGUGAUUCUUACUCGAUCUCUCUAGCAAAUCCAAAUCCAGAUAACAAAUAUACGGAUGAAUGGAUAAGCGCAGAUGCCCUCAAAUGGGCAGCUACGUUUGAACCUCCUGAAGUGGAAGAUAUUCCCAUCCCGUCGAGAGGAAUCUAUCGUCCUAGAUCCAAAAAGCGAAAGCUGGAGCGAAGGAACGGAAAUUUGGCGAGGGCAAAACGUGUCAAAGGAUUUUACAGCAAGGAUUAUCGCAGCCUUCUGAACAAUGAAAUUUAUGAUGCAGGAGCGAGGUCAAUUCUCGAGGACAAUAUUCCAUUGGAAAGCAGCCAAAUUGGUUGUUCCUUUUGGUCUACGGAGGAGAAAGACUUGUUCUUUACUGGGUUGUCAAGGCUGGGUAGAGAUAAUGUAAGAGCUAUUGCGGCACGCAUCGGGAGCAAGUCGGAAGUUGAGGUGCAAGAAUAUAUGCAACUACUACACCAAGGGUUAAAGGAAAAGAAAAUGUAUGAUGCACGACUUUUGGAUGUUACAGAGUAUUCAAUUGCGGCUGAACUUACCUCAGAAUGUUGUGAUAUCAUGGAACGAGCUGCGGACGGUCUUGCCCUACGGCAAGAGCUAUAUGAAGAAGAUGUCGAGGAGGCUAAAUGGGGCAAAUACUGGCUUUUGACCGAAGAAGUGAGCAAAUCACUGGAAAAAAAGCGCAGUGUGAGCACGACCAAGGACGACGAGGAUAUACAGGAUUUGCUACCAGCAGUUCGCCUUCUGCACCUCAAAAAUUGGCUUACACUAUCUGAGAGAGUGUUCAUGAAUUCUUCCGAGCCUCGGGAGGAUAAUUGGAGGCAGGUGGGAGAACUUGGAGAAACCCCGGCUAUCCGCGCGACUGCUUUCGACGAUUUUCAUUCUUUAACAGUCAGUGUUACAAGACGUCUCGUUUCAACCGUCAUUUUCUGUACAAUUUCGAGAAUGAGAGCCAUGGACUCGAAUAAGACCAAAGCAGCACAUAUCAACAUCAAAGACGUGGAAGCUGCGACCAAGAUUUUGAAAAUGGACGCCAAUAGCAAUGAAUUUUGGGUAAAAUGCCCUAGAAGGAAUUAUCUCUCUGUUUCUCGUGACGAAGAUCUGAGCGACUCAAUAAUGUCAUAUUCAGACGUAGAAACCGAACUACGUAAAGAAUACAAUGAAAGGAGGAGCAGAUCUCGUUCUCGCAGUCAUCCACACGUAGAUCUUCCUGAGGAUAUAUCGGAAGUAUAUACAUCCGCAUCUGAUUCUCUACUCUACACCGAUAUUGAAUCCUCCGAUUCCGAAAUCUCCGAUCAUCUCGACGACAAUCCUUUUACACAGCGGUCUCCAUCCCCCUCUCAGUCACAAUCACAAUCCCAACCACGCUCCCAACGCAAACCGCACCUCUCACCAGAAGCUUACGAGCACGCACUUGAAACUCACAUUUCCGCCUUGGAUGCACGAGCUAGUAGAUCCGAGGAACAGCGCAUCUGGAAUUUAUUGGGCCAAGAUCCACCUCUUGAUAUCAAAGCCGUGGAAGACGAAGAACUGCCAGAGAGACCUAGUAAGAAAAUGGACAUAGAGGGAGAAAAUAAUGGAGAAGAUUGGAGAGAAAAGGGAUUCUGGAGUGAAUGGGAGGUUAUGGGUAUGGUUGGCGAGGAGGAGUUUGUGAGAAAUAGGGAAAGAGUCGGCAGGAAAGAACGAAGGGAAAGGUUGAGAAAGAGUCGUGAAGAGAAUGAAAUGGCAAUGAGGACGAGGACAGGCGUGGGGAAUGAAGGAAAUAUUAGUGAGAGCGGCAGUGAAUGGGGCGAAACAGACGAGGCGAUCUUGAAGGGUCGGAAAAAGGGAAAUGUUGGAGGUUUGAGCGACCACGACGAAAGUGUGGAGCCAGAAGACGUUGCUAAGCACAGAUCUUACGCGGUUUACAAUAGCGACGAUUAG